CAAAACACGAACAGUGUCUCAAAUAAAAAAGUGAAUCCUAACUCAUCUCCCCAUCACUCUCUCUUUCUCUCUACUGAAACACAUUGAUCGACCAAAAAUCAUUUCUCAAAAUGGCAGGAGGUCUAAAACCAUCACAAACAACCACACAAUUAACAACCACCAACCAUUCCUUCACUUCAAGGCUAAUCCUUCUAUUAACUCUCCUUCCAAUCACACUCGCAGCUUUCGCUUUCGCUCUCCAAUGGCGUGGCGGAGGUGUCGUUGAUAUCGAAGAUCCGAUCUCUAAUUGGUCGCCUCAACACAACGCUCAUAAGUUCCCCGGAAUGGACUCGUCGCCGCUCCCGACGGUUGUUGAUCGUCGCGCCUCGAAGUCGGAUUGUCUUUCGUUAGGACAAUCGGCUUCUCCCUCUUUUCCGUAUUAUAAUGAUUGGAAAUUUCAGUUUCAUUCUGAUCUUAAACCUAAGAUAUGUAUCACCACUAGUACAUCUGCUGGCUUGGAACAGAUCUUGCCAUGGAUGUUCUAUCAUAAAGUACUCGGGGUUGGAACCUUCUUUCUAUUUGUUGAGGGAAAAGCUGCCUCUCCUGAUGUAUCAAAAGUUCUUGAAUCCAUUCCUGGUGUCAAAGUCAUUUAUAGAACAAAAGAACUAGAAGAGCAACAAGCCAACAGUCGGAUCUGGAAUGAGACGUGGCUGUCAAGUUUCUUCUAUAAACCAUGUAAUUAUGAGCUUUUUGUAAAGCAAUCACUCAACAUGGAGAUGGCUAUCGUCAUGGCUAGGAAAGCAGGCAUGGACUGGAUACUUCAUCUCGACACAGACGAAUUAAUGCACCCAGCUGGUGCUGGGGAGUAUUCUUUAAGGCAGAUACUUCGUGAUAUUCCCAGUGAUGUGGAUAUGGUCGUGUUUCCGAAUUAUGAGAGUAGUGUCGAGCGUGAUGACAUCACAGAUCCUUUUCUAGAGGUUUCAAUGUUUAAACGAAAUUAUGACCACCUCCCAAAGGACACUUAUUUUGGUAUGUACAAAGAAUCUACUCGUGGGAACCCCAACUAUUUUUUGACUUAUGGGAAUGGGAAAUCAGUUGCUCGGAUUCAGGAUCAUCUACGGCCUAAUGGUGCUCACAGAUGGCACAAUUACAUGAAAACUCCAAAGGAGAUAAAACUGGAAGAGGCUGCUGUUCUACAUUACACAUAUGCCAAAUUCUCGGACUUGACUUCAAGACGAGAUAGAUGUGGCUGCAAGCCUACUAAAGACGAUGUCAAAAGAUGCUUUAUGUUGGAGUUUGAUAGAGCAGCAUUUAUAGUUGCGUCAACCUCCACAGAAGAAGAAAAGCUGAACUGGUAUCGUGAACACGUGGUGUGGACUGACAAAACAGUAAACUUGAAACUACUGAGGAAAGGCAUAUUAACUCGCAUAUAUGCUCCGUCGGUUAUCAUUGAGGGUUUGAAGGAGUCAGGUGUGUUUAACUCUGUGAUCGCUAAAGCACCUGCAACUCUCUCAAGGGACAAAUUUUUAGCUUCCAUUGAGAGUAGCAACUCUUCAAGGGCUAGUGGAUCCCACUCACAACCUCCGAGAAAGAUAGGGAAAAAGUCAGAGAACCAGUCCCAUGCAACAGUUAGGAAGGCUUUGGAAGCUACUGAAUUUGACCAAGUAGCUGUGCCGCCAUUGUCUCCUCCUGGUCCCACCAUGGAAACAUAUGAAAAUGACCUCAUAGUCCAGUCUAGAUAGUUCUAUAUAUGUGCAUGUGUGCUGCUUUAAUGAUUUUGUGUGUGUUUCAUGAAGAUAAAUGGGGUGAUUGAAGCAUAGUACUUGUCGGUAGAGUUGACACUUGAUUAUGGAAGUAGUUCCUGAUCGUAUUACUCAAGCGUCGAAAUGUACGUGAAGAGAGAGGUGUGGGGUGGAAUGGGGUAGGGGGUGUAGAAGGUACAAGUUGAUCAAUUUAGAUUCAUUGUGGCAUAUGUGGUCUAAUAUAUGUAUAGAUGUAUUUAAACUGUCAAGGAGCAUAACAUUGAUUAAUACCUGUUUAGCCUUUUACUUGUGAAUUAGUUCUGCCCAGUCAUGA